AUGGUACAGCAUAACAUUAUCAUGAAAUUAUUUGAAUAUUAUAAUUUGAAAUAUAUAAUUUUAUUUUUAUUUGGAUAUAUUUUAAUAAAUUUUCUAUUAUCAUACAAAUUUUUUUCUUUAAACAACACCUAUGCCACUGAACAACAAGAAAAUUGGACGCCUACAAUGAAAAAAUUCUGUUCGAAAGUUCAGCAAAAUGUAAAGAAAGAGAAACCGUCAAGUUUAUCAUGGCUCGGUAAUGUUCAACUUCAACCGCCGAACUUCAAUAAAUAUUUCAGAAAACAAAGCAUAGAGAUUCCCUACCUUUAUUCUACUUGGCGUUCUUCACCGGAUUUAUCUCGUCGACUUAAUCCAUGUGAUCAUCAGUUAUAUAUAGAACUAAUUCGUAUUUUUGAUCAUUUCCUUCGUCGACAUCAAAUCUCAUAUAUGAUAAUGGAUGGAACAUUAUUAGGUAGCUAUACAAAUCAUGAUUUUUUACCAUGGGAUGAUGAUCUUGAUAUACGUAUUCUAUUGCGUGAUCGUUCACGUAUGUAUACUCUUCUUCGUCAAGAACUUGAGAAUACUGUUAAAAUAUUAAAUAUUACCAAUCAAUUUGGAUCUUAUGAAAUAUUGUUUUUUCCUUGGGCACCACAAGCUGGUGACUACCAUUGGUCAUAUCCGAAUAUUCAUAUUGUCUAUUUGGAAGAAAAUUCUACUCAUAUAUGGAAACAAAAUAGUGAUAACGAUUCGAUUAACGAUUGCUCUAUUUCGAAAAGUGAUAUAUUUCCGGUUGUAUGGCGCCCAUUUGGUCAAAUUUGGUUGCCUGCUCCACGAGAACCGUUAACUGUUUUUGAAUUACUUCGUUGGAAAACAUUUGACAAAAUGUUUUUUGCUAAAAAUUAUUCACAUAAAUAUGAACGAGAAAUACCAUUGAUCGAUGGUCGUGCACAACCUUCACAACUUUAUCCAUAUUAUUCAUGGAAUAGAAGACGAGAGAAAAAAGUCAACAAAACCAGCUAUUUCGAGAACACAGAAGGCGCUCAUAUCUUCAUUAUAGAAUAUGCAUACAUGGGUACUUUAUGUUCAAGUCAGAUAGAUUGUUCAUCACUCUUUCAACGAAAAUCAAAACCACGUAUUGACAAUGGUCGUCAGAUAAUAGAAGAAUUAUCGACAAUAAAUAUUAGUGAUCAUAUUUCAAUGAAUGAUAAUAAUGUUCCUACUAGCAGCAUCGAUUUAGCUGGAGAAUUCGUACCCGAGCGAUACCUAGUUUUACUUACUGAACAAAUGGUUGACAUGCUCUUUCGUUUAAUGAUCUAUAAUGAGUCACGCAUGUUAAUGUCCGAAUGUGACUUUGAUCAUCAAACAACAUUACGCAACAGUAUUGUUAGUGGUCACACAUUGUCAUCAAGUCCAAAUUCUCCUAAUCGAGAAUCUUCAUUACAAUUACAAUCCAUGCAUCAAGCAUGUAUUAAGUGCAAAAAGAAAAUGUUGACUAUUGAAGAAUUUCGUGAACUGGGCCAUUAG